AUGGCGUCCGGAUCAGACUCUUCGACCUCGGAGUCGAGCUCGCAUUCGUCAGAGAAACGGCUGCGGAUAGUUGCGUUGGAAGCUCAAUUUGGAGCUAUCCCAGACUUCGACAUCUGCAAUGGCGACUACGAGAUCAUCGUGUAUGAUUCGACGCCCAGGAACUCGGAGGCUGUACUCAAGGAACGCUUGCGGGAUGCAGACGUGGCGAUCAUUACCACAAUACCGAUGAACAGCGCAACACUGUCUCGAGAAGUGACACCGAACCUGCGUGCCAUCAUGAUCAUGGCCGCAGGAACUGAUCAUGUUGACCUGGAGACGUGUAGGAAGCGCGGCAUACGCGUGCUCAACUGCCCCAGCGCAAACAGUGAGACAGUCGCAGAGCACGCCGUCGCCUUAUACUUUGCGAUUCGUCGCCGAGUCGUUCAGACUCACCAAUUGACUGUACAGGACUCGUGGGCGGCGCAGAAAACACUCCUGGGAGUCUUAAAAGACAACAAUGGCCGACCACCGGUAGGCUUGAGUCAGGAGAGGGUAGGGAUAAUUGGAUAUGGGCGUCUUGGUCAGCAUAUCGCUAAACUGUGUAGUGCUUUGGGCAUGACCGUCAGCAUUUCAGAUCGCAAAGGGGCGGCUGUUGAACGACAGGACAUGUCUGCCAUUCGGGAUGGGCGAUCGCAUAAACCCGAAAGGGUGCAGCGAUCAAGCUUCGCAGAUACACUGACACAAUCCACCGUGCUCUUCAUUUGUGUGCCACGCAACACAGCAACACUCAACAUGGUUGCCUCGAUGGAGUUAGCUCAGAUGGCGUCGCAAGCUCUAGUCGUCAAUGUCAGUCGUGGUGGGAUCGUGAAUGAGACAGAUCUUCUGCAAGCACUGAAAGCACGACAGAUUGCUGGAGCGGCGACGGACGUCUUCAUAGAAGAGCCUGCGUGUGCGGGAAAUUCUGUGUUGAUCAAGGCACUAGCUCAAGAACAAGCUCGUGAUCAGGCUGCCUCGUCAAUCCCACUGGUGGUGACGCCUCACACAGCAUGGUACAGCCAGUCGACCAUGUCUAAUCUGACUGAAAGUGUCAAGGAAAAUCUUGAAGGAUGGUGGCGGGAUGCAUGUCCGCAAGAGAAUAUUGUCCUUUGA